UUCAACACAUUUCAACAUAUCAUUUUUCGCAAUUUUCUAUUAAAAUUUGAAGCAAAAGAAAUCGAUUAAUUUCUGGAGCAAAAACUGAACAUAUGGCAGAAAUUCAUGAAAACGAAAGGCAGAAAGACCGUUCUAAACCAUCGUUAUCUGACAUGCCAAUUGAGAUCAUUGAGGACAUCAUAAGCGAUCUUGCCGCAAUUGAUCGAAUUGCCGUACAAAAAGUGUCCCGAGGCUUCCGUGAUGUCAUCAAUCGUGAAGAUUUUGGUGUCAAAAGACUUUCACUUGAAGUUUCCACAAAAUCGUCAAUUUUGAGUUUUGAUGAUACAGAAGUCGAAUAUAAAAAUGUGCACGGAGAUUGUCUAGUGAAAAGUGGGAAUCGCGAAAAAAUUGUCAAUGGAUCUGAUCAUUCGACAUUAUCAAUGAAUGAUAUCCACAAUCUACUCAAGAAUCCAAAAGUUCAGCUAGAUUAUUUUGGCCUUGUCAUUGCCGGAGAUCAAACAUGCCGCUUUGAAAAUGUUCUGGAAAUGCUUCAGUCUUUGAAUUUUAAACUUUGUGUCAAGAAUUUCAGUGUUGCCAGAUUCCCACUGAAAUAUGUGAUUUCAUUUUUUAAAUGUUUGGCGGCGGAACAAAUUGAAAAUAUUACCUUUUAUUCUGAUGAAUACGACGAAGAAAACCCAAAAGAACUAGUAAAACUGGAACAGUGGAAAAAAGCAAAGUUUAUUGAAAUUUACGGAGGUUACACUUUUCCAUUUAAAGUGGAAGAUUUCCUUCAUUUCACAACAUUUUGGGUUCGGCUGGGCCAUUUUACAACGGAGGAUGCUGCAAAAGUUAGAGAUGUGCUCAUGAAACCUAACAAUAUAAACUAUGGAUACUUUGAUUUUUCCAUUUAUGACCCCAUAGCAAUUGCAAGAAUAUUUGAACCAAAUUACAAUGGCCCAUCCUAUGGAGCAUUACGUGUGCAUUCUACUGGCGGAAUUUUCAGCGCGGUUUUCAGUAAAAAUCAAUUGAAAAUUAAAAGAAAAAGUAAUGUUAACUGAUAUUCAUUUAUUUUUGUGAAAUUUUAUCUAAUUUUUCAGUUGAACUGUAUAUAUUCUUUCAAUAAACAUUCCGAAACCGUG